AUCUUCAGCCUCACUGUCCGUGAAGGAGUACGGGUGACUCCUCUGUCCUGUACGCUGGGCUCCAGCGCGCACUCCAGUGGCUUGGCUUUUGGCCCUGGCGGAACCGCCCAGCCAGAAACCCAGUGGAGAGCGGUGCCCCUUCCCCCGCCCACCAGGGUCUCCUCUCUUCUGUCCUUUGUAGUCACAUGUCCGGGUUUUCCCCCUGGUCCCGAGAACAGACACAGCCCCGCCCAGUCUAUUUCUAGAAGGUGGGUUUGGUGAAUAAAAGGUCAAGUGGUUAGGUUCCCGAGCUGGGUCACAGUGAGGGGGGACAGGACGGACACCUGGCAAGGCCCGCCCCGCCUGUCCCCCCAACCCUGGCGGGCCUGCCUGCCUGCGACUGGCCUCCCUAGGCCACAUUCUUGUGCUAAGUGCGAGAGGCCAUAGGACAGGCAACCCUGAACCGGCCCAGUGCAGGCGAAGCUGAUCCUGAGAUGGCAUUUUGUUUUGAACAGUUGCUGGGGUGGACGCUUCCUCAUAAGGUCACUUUCAUGAAUUCAAAGGCAAUUUACCAGUGACUUCUGGGUGCUGGGGUGAUCCUCGUGUGUAACUAAGAAUGUCUUCCAAGCAAGCCACCUCUCCAUUUGCCUGUACAACUGAUGGAGAGGAAACAAUGACCCAGGAUUUGACCUCAAGGGAAAAGGAAGAGGGCAGUGAUCAACAUGCGGCCUCCCAUCUGCCUCUGCACCCCAUAAUGCACAACAAACCUCACUCUGAGGAGCUACCGACGCUUGUCAGUACCAUUCAACAAGAUGCUGACUGGGACAGCGUCCUGUCAUCUCAGCAAAGAAUGGAGUCAGAGAAUAAUAAGUUAUGUUCCCUAUAUUCCUUCCGAAAUACGUCUACCUCACCACAUAAGCCUGACGAAGGGAGUCGGGAGCGGGAGAUAAUGAGCAGUGUUACUUUUGGAACCCCGGAACGCCGCAAAGGGAGCCUUGCUGACGUGGUGGAUACGCUGAAGCAGAAGAAGCUGGAGGAGAUGACUCGGUCGGAACAAGAGGAUUCCUCCUGCAUGGAAAAACUACUUUCAAAAGAUUGGAAGGAAAAAAUGGAAAGACUAAAUACGAGUGACCUUCUUGGAGAAAUCAAAGGUACACCUGAGAGCCUAGCAGAGAAGGAACGUCAGCUCUCCACCAUGAUCACCCAGCUCAUCAGUUUGCGGGAGCAGCUCCUGGCAGCGCACGAUGAACAGAAAAAGCUGGCAGCCUCACAGAUCGAGAAACAGCGGCAGCAAAUGGACCUUGCUCGCCAACAACAAGAACAGAUCGCAAGACAACAGCAGCAACUUCUCCAGCAGCAGCACAAGAUUAAUCUCCUGCAGCAACAGAUCCAGCAGGUUCAGGGGCACAUGCCUCCGCUCAUGAUCCCAAUUUUCCCACAUGACCAGCGGACCCUGGCAGCAGCUGCUGCCGCCCAACAGGGAUUCCUCUUCCCCCCUGGAAUAACAUACAAGCCAGGUGAUAACUACCCCGUACAGUUCAUUCCGUCAACAAUGGCAGCUGCUGCUGCUUCUGGACUCAGCCCUUUACAGCUCCAGAAGGGUCAUGUCUCCCACCCACAAACUAACCCAAGGCUAAAGGGCAUAAGUGACCGUUUUGGCAGGAAUUUGGACACCUUUGAACAUGGUGGUGGCCACUCUUACAACCACAAACAGAUUGAGCAGCUCUAUGCCGCUCAGCUGGCCAGCAUGCAGGUGUCACCUGGAGCAAAGAUGCCAUCAACUCCACAGCCACCAAACACAGCAGGGGCGGUCUCACCUACUGGGAUGAAAAAUGAAAAGAGAGGGACCAGCCCUGUAACUCAAGUUAAGGAUGAAACAACAGCCCAGCCGCUGAAUCUCUCAUCGCGGCCUAAGACAGCAGAGCCUGUGAAGUCCCCAACAUCUCCCACCCAGAGCCUCUUCCCAGCCAGCAAAACCAGCCCUGUCAACCUUCCGAACAAGAGCAGCGUCCCUAGCCCCAUUGGAGGGAGCCUGGGGAGAGGAUCCUCUCUAGAUAUCCUGUCCAGUCUCAACUCUCCUGCCCUGUUUGGGGACCAGGACACAGUGAUGAAAGCCAUUCAGGAGGCUCGGAAGAUGCGAGAGCAGAUCCAGCGGGAGCAGCAACAGCAGCCACACGGGGUCGAUGGGAAACUGUCUUCCAUGAACAAUAUGGGGCUGAGCAACUGCAGGAAUGAGAAGGAAAGAACACGCUUUGAGAACUUGGGGCCCCAGUUAACAGGGAAGUCAAGUGAAGAUGGGAAGCUGGGCCCAGGCGUCAUCGAUCUCACUCGGCCGGAAGACGCAGAGGGAAGCAAAGCAAUGAAUGGCUCUUCAGCUAAACUACAGCAGUAUUAUUGUUGGCCAACAGGAGGCGCCACUGUGGCUGAAGCACGUGUCUACAGGGAUGCCCGCGGCCGUGCCAGCAGCGAGCCUCACAUCAAGCGACCAAUGAAUGCGUUCAUGGUUUGGGCGAAAGACGAAAGGAGGAAAAUUCUUCAGGCUUUCCCUGACAUGCAUAACUCCAACAUUAGCAAAAUCUUAGGAUCUCGCUGGAAAUCCAUGUCCAACCAGGAGAAGCAACCUUACUAUGAAGAACAGGCCCGGCUAAGCAAGAUCCACCUAGAGAAGUACCCAAAUUACAAGUACAAACCCCGGCCUAAACGCACGUGCAUCGUGGAUGGCAAGAAGCUCCGGAUUGGAGAGUAUAAGCAACUGAUGCGCUCCCGGAGGCAGGAGAUGAGACAGUUCUUCACUGUUGGGCAACAGCCUCAGAUUCCCAUCACCACAGGAACAGGUGUUGUGUAUCCUGGUGCUAUUACUAUGGCAACGACCACACCAUCACCUCAGAUGACAUCUGACUGCUCUAGCACCUCUGCCAGCCCCGAGCCCAGCCUCCCUGUCAUCCAGAGCACGUAUGGUAUGAAGAUGGACGGCGCAAGCCUGGCUGGGAACGACAUGAUUAAUGGAGAGGAUGAAAUGGAAGCCUAUGACGACUACGAAGAUGAUCCCAAAUCAGACUAUAGCAGCGAAAACGAGGCCCCAGAGCCUGUCAGUGCCAACUGAGGAGCUUUUGUUUGCUGAAUUAGAACACUCUGACAUUUCACCCCCUUUCCCCAACAACAACAAAGUUCUUAAAGAGCCCGCAUGCAUUUGUGGCUCCACCAUACAUCAGCAGAGUGGUCUUAAUCGCUUCGUAACGUGUGAGACAGAUUAAGUUUUCCUGAGUUUUCAUAAACUUGAGUUUUUGUCGUUACCGUUACUGUUGUUGUUUAUUUAGGUGAAGACGUAUUAAAUAUGAGACACGGGGACUUGGAAACUUAUCUCCGCCCAUCGCCGUCUUUCAAGUCUUACAUUUCUGUCUUACUAUUUUUCUUUGGGAUGUUGACAAAGGGUUUAAGUUACUGUUUUAGAUGGGGUUAAACAUUCUCACUCAGGUAUGCUGUGCCGGCUACAGGUUGUGAAUGUGUUUUUAUUCUGAAUUACUUUAGAGAACAACUGAGGAUUUCGUAUUGUGAGACCGGACAAGUCCACGGUGUGUGCGCUGCAUAUAGAACAUGUUCAAAAGGCCUCGGAAUUCCAUUUUUUUUCCAUGUGUAGAAUUCAACUUUGAAUGUGCCAAACUUUUUUCAUAACUUUUGAAUCUUAACUAUUUUGAAAGUCUUACCGGAGACACUGCAAAGUCUUAGACAAUCUUUGGCAUCUUAAAAUAAAAUAGCAAACCACACUUUUUUUUUCCCAGAAAAUGGUGAAGUACUCAGGAAUCUGGAGACAAGAUAUUGUAAGGAAUGAGCAAGGCUGCCACAGUGCAUGAACCCAAUUGUGUUUGCCUCUUGACGUGCCAUCAGUGUGUGGCGUGGGACGACACGCGUCAGAGCAGUCUCCACACCAGACACGACACGGUGGUCUCCCUGCCUGAGACCGCCUUUCACUACAUCCAUUCUCCCCUGCCUUUCACCCUGACAUUCAAUCUUAACACAUUGUUCUCUUAAAUAAUUUAUUCAUUCCAGAAUGUCAAGGGUCCACUUACUAUUUAUUUUAAAAAUUAUUGGUGGCAUUAAUUUAAUAAUUUUUCUUUUUUGUUUGCCCUCCUUGCCCUUUCACCUAUUCUUCCUGCUGGAUACAAAAGAUGUACAUAGCAAUCUCAUGUCCCCAGAGCCCCUGGAAACAUUUCUGAAUUGAUGCUAGUAAAUGCAUAUGUUGUUGUUUUUAAAGAUGAGUGUCUAUCUGGGUCAAAGGUGUCUUACAUGUAAACAUGUAUGCCCCUGUGAGUCACUGCGAGCUCUGGUCUUUGCCUGGAGUUCCUCCUUCAUUCAGUUUUCAGUGAACAGUAGAACCUGAGUUCCACGCAGCAGUGAAGGUCAGCAGCGGUCACCACCAGUCAAGGAGCCUCUCACAGCCACUCUGAAGCCCAAGGGCCAUAGGCCACAGGGGUCUACAGUGGAGCUGGCCUGCUGUCACUUUUACUGAGGAAGCUGGUCCUGACUGGCACAUCCAUGGAGAGCUGUGCAAAAUUUCCAGGAUGUUAGAGGCCUCAACACAAAGACAAGGGCAAAAGGAAACCACGGGGAAGGGCAAGCAUGAGAGAGCUGAUAGCCAGUAGGACAGACAGACGGCUGCUGGGGUGGUCCACCUGCUCUGCUGGCAGACCUCAUGUCUGAGAGGCUGCUUGUAGAUGAGGUGAUCUGCUCCAGAGACAUGCUGCUGGGCUGGGAGGCACAGGUUUCCUGUCCCAUCUCCUCACUGCAGGUGGUUUUACUGUGUUGUAACUUUGACCUUCCUGCACCUAGGCCUGGUUGCUUACAGGAACCUUACCCAGAGCCCUUCCUUGGGAGUGAGUCAGUGGACAGGACAGCCCAGAAUCUGAGCGUCAGGACAAAUAACAGCUCCAUCAGAUUUUUUUGAGCCAUUUUGUCACUUGGAAGAAAAUAGUAAAACUUCAUAUUUAUUUAAAGAGUGCUCCAGGCCAUGCCUACUAGCAAUAAAUAGGUCUAGCCAAGAGAUGAGCAGCCCUGUCAUUUGCUGUGAGUGCUCUCCAUAGGCUGUUUAAGGUACUGAUAGGAAUGUUUUGUUCUUAAUAUUGAUUGGGGAAUGGAACUUUGUUAUUGUACAUUGAUUUAAUAUGAGGAGGAGGUCACUUUUCAAAAACAAAAUGAGUAUUUAUUAUGUCUUACUGAUUUCUUGGACUCUCUGUCUCUCCUCAAUUCCUCCUCAUGCUUCUUCCUUUCUCUUUGGCUUCUGCUCUUACUGGUAAGUUUGUUUUGUUUUUUGUUUUUGUUUUUUAAAUUGUGCCGUAUAGGUAGAGUGUUAUAUGGCUAGCAUUGUAUUGUAUGUAAUUAAUUUUGCACAAAGGCAAACAUUUAGCAUAGUAGUUAAUUUUGUUUGUUUUUAUGACCAUGCCAAAAUAAUAUUCUGGGCUGGUGGAGAACAAAGGACUGUUCUUUAGGAUUGAAACUUGAUUUGCUUUAAAAAAAAAAAAAGAGAGAGA